AUCUCUUGGAGAAGCUGAGAGAGGUUCUUUCUCUUCUUUCCACCUCCAUUUCUCUUUUUUCAACUGGUUCCUCAUCUUCUCUUUGAUUUCUCAUUUGAGAUAUUGUUUUUCUUGAUGAGAGAGGCAUUUUUCCAAGAAUGGGGAGCAGGAUGAAGGAAGACGAGCGAACCGAAAAGGCUAUCCGGAGUUUAUUGAAGCUUCCUGAGAACCGAAGAUGCAUCAAUUGCAAUAGUCUGGGUCCACAAUAUGUCUGCUCAACUUUCUGGACUUUUGUCUGCAUAAACUGCAGCGGAAUCCAUCGAGAAUUCACACAUCGUGUUAAAUCUGUAUCAAUGGCCAAGUUCACAGCAGAAGAAGUUAGUGCGCUUCGCGCAGGAGGAAACGAGCGAGCCAGACAAAUUUAUUUUAAAGAAUGGGAUACUCACCGUGAUGGUUACCCCGAUGGCAGUAAUAUUUUCAAGCUCCGAGAUUUCAUCAGGAAUGUUUAUGUGGAAAAAAGAUACAGUAGCAGUGAUCGGAGCAAUGACAAGCUCUCACGGCAGAAAUCGGAUGUCAUAGAAGAUUACAGGGAAAGUAAGAAGGCCAGUGCAAAUUUUCUCGGAUCUAGAAGUUUACACUCUCUGGAUAAAUCUGAAAUCGAAAGAUCUAGUGCUGUUGGGAGGAGUGGAAGUGAAUCUCUCAUGUUUUAUUUUGAUGACAAGAACCAUAAACAACAACAUGUUACGCAUAAUCCAAGGUCUAGAGGUUUACCAAAGAGUCCUAUUCGCUUUGAGAUAGUGGAUGAUAGGUUUAGAGACGAUGGAACUGUUAAGAGAUAUGAUGCACGUAAGGAGUCAAGAGGAAGCUCCAAAUCACUUGACCUCUCAAGUAACAAAGACAUGCCAAGCUUUCCCAUUGUACGCCAUACCAGCGAACUCAAUGUUGUAAAAGUUGAAAAAAAGAAGGAUCCAGUGAAUACUCAGAUGACUGCAUCAUCUGAGAAAAUGGAGAGUCCUAGAAGUUUAAUUGAUGAUGAUGUACCAGUUUCAGAACCAUCUGAUGAAAGCAUUAGUAAGAGUUCAAGUGAAAUUCUUACAUCUCUAAAGACCACUGAGGGGCCAGCUCCUAAUUCUUUGGAAGCUUUGUUGUUUGGACCCUCUAUUGGACCCUCUGUUCCUUCUGUUGUCCCUGGAACAAACAACUCUGAACUAUGGAACACAAGUGAUAUUUCUUCUACAGACAAUUAUACCGCAGCUAACCUCGGGACUCAGACAAUGCCAGGAAUACCAGAUAAUGUUACCUCUUUUGUCACAUCACCAACAACUGUACAUGCUAAUGCUGGUUCUUCAGGUCCUGUGGUACCUGUUGCUCCUGAUAACUUAAAUACAAAAGAGACGGCUACACCAAGUGUAGCUGCAAAUAACCAGGGACCAUCAGAUUUCUCUAUGGAACAGUCAACACUGGCUAUCACAAAUUAUGCUCAUGGAGUUGGAUCUGAGCAUGAUCAUCGAGAUGAGACACAAUCUAGCAUAAGAAAGGCGCUUCCCGAGGACCUUUUCUCUGGAGGCUUCUCAUUUGCCCCACAGCAAGUUCAUGGUCAACAUCAUGGAAUGGGAUAUGGCGUGCAAUAUUAUCAAUAUCCUAUGCAGGCUAUGGGAGCCAUAACAUAUACAGCAAAACCAGCAAAUCCCUUUGAUCUUAGCUAUGAUGAUACAACUCCAAACCAAACACCACAAUUUCCUUCCAUGGCAUAUGUGCAAGGAGGAGGCUUACCACACGUGUCAGCUCCGAUAGGGUAUUCAGAUUCUGCAAGUCCAGCUGCAGAUUCCAUUGGACUGAUGACCUCUCAGUCACCUUUUCAUACAACCGCUUUAUCCCCAAACUCUCCAGCUCUUGCAUCCAAUCUUUCCCCUGGUGCACUAAUGGGGCAUCAAUCACAGGUGAAUAUGUCCCCAUCAUUCAGGCAAGAGUAUAGUGGCUUCGGUACUGAAGGAAAUACGUUCAACGGAGCACAUACAUUUCAUCAAGCAAACAAUGGAUAUCCUUGUGAAAACCCAAAUGCUUAUAUUUCCAGAGGAAAUCCCUUUGAAUGAGAGAGAGCUUAAUGCAGAAGAUUUCUGAUUAGGAGCAAUUUUAUGGAAAUGGGAUGAGAUUAUAUAUAAACCUUUUAAAGAUUUGACUCUUAAGCAUGACUUGCUUGAAGAUGAAACAGAGGUUCCAAUCAUCUACUAUUGCUUCUUGAUCAAAUUGUACAUUGAUAUGGAAAGUUAUAACUUGUAAGUUGUAACCAUAAGAUUAUAAAUCUAUGUAAUUUAU